GUUUUGCGGUCGAAGAGUUAGUGUGGUUGAACUACAAGAAGUCUUGACUAUUUUGGAAGUGAACAAAAGAAAAAGAUUUUUUUCCUUCCUGCUUGGAGAGAGGGGGGACAUUUUGGGAAGGGUGUGCGAUUUUUUUUUUUUUUCCCACUGAAGCCGCCGCAGCAGCAGAUCUCGCUGUAGACAGAGUCGCAGAGGGCAGGAUUGUGCCGAACACAAUGCGUCUCUAUACGGAGCUGUCCGUGGUGCUGAAGCUGCUUUACCCUCUCCUGCUCUGCCUGCUGCCUGUGCGGGGACAGAAUGACACGGAGCCUAUAGUGCUGGAAGGCAAGUGCUUAGUCGUGUGCGACUCCAACCCAACCAGUGAAUCCAAAGGAUCUUCAUCGUCUCCUCUUGGGAUCUCUGUGAGAGCUGCUAACUCCAAGGUUGCCUUUUCAGCUGUCCGGAGCACCAAUCAUGAACCUUCUGAAAUGAGUAACAAAACUAGGAUUAUCUAUUUUGACCAGAUCUUAGUAAACGUUGGGAACUUUUUCACUCUGGAAUCAGUGUUUGUUGCCCCAAGGAAAGGCAUCUACAGCUUCAGCUUUCAUGUCAUAAAAGUUUAUCAGAGUCAGACUAUACAGGUAAACCUGAUGCUUAAUGGAAAACCAGUCAUUUCAGCAUUUGCUGGGGACAAAGAUGUCACUCGUGAAGCUGCCACAAACGGCGUCCUUCUAUAUUUGGAUAAGGAAGACAAGGUUUAUCUGAAACUGGAGAAAGGUAAUUUAGUCGGUGGCUGGCAAUACUCAACAUUCUCUGGCUUUUUGGUGUUUCCCCUGUGAAGUCUCCCAGAAUGGCGCAAGUUAAGGACACUGGACACAACUUAGACUCUGUUCUCUGGAGAUCAUAUAUGUCAUCGAUGGAUCGUCGUUUAUUGGUUUCUCAUAGGUGAUUAUGGAUAAUACUUUACGGCUUUCAGUCCUCUCACUGAAGCGCAAUGACAUUUCCACAGAAAAUAUUUUGUGUGUUUAAAAGUAUAUUUGGAUUAAACCUGACAAAAAAUUGUAUCUAUAUCUAUAUGCCAAUGUUACAUUUUAAAGAUGCCUGCAAGAUUUAUUCAGAUUUCAUUUAUGGGAGAUGCUGUUGACCAUGAGGGGAGACUAUGGAUUCCUGUCAUUCGGGGGGGGGAAAAAAGCGACACAGAUACCUUAGCCAUGUCCCCCCUUUUUUUUGUUGCAGUCUACAACCAACUGCUUUGCUGCUAUACAAUCUGUAGCUGUUUUUAGUCUUUCGUAGUCUGGUAUCGUUCUGUUUGGCGAUCAUUAUUGUAUCCCAUGGGGAGGCAUUACUAAACAAACGACUGGAUAGACAUUUUCGGUCUCAUUUACUGGAUGCAUUAUGUCUAAGUCCGAAGUCAGUUUCCCGGCAGUGGUGCAUUCCAGUUUGGGAAAAUAUCUGAAGAGUUUGUAACAACUAUUUUACAGAUAGAUCAUAAUACUGAAGGAAAAGGGGGAAGAAAAAAAUGCUUAGUAGGCUUAAAGCGAUCUAUCUUGCAAAGCUCUGCACAAUAGCAAAGCCCUGCAGGAUGGCGCACUCCUAAUCCUCCACCUUAAUUAGCAUGAUUGAUAUUACACAUUUCAUUUGAUACCUGGGGAUGUUUUCUAAAGGCAGAAACACUUCAUUAGCUCCAGUCCCGAAGUUGAGAAUUUAACUAUUGCACAUACACGAUCAGUCUGAUGCCUUAAAAUUCUGAACUGUAUAAUGUGGAUCUGUUUUAAAUGGAACUGUUCUAUCCACGGAGAUAUUAUUCCACCGGGGGGGGGGGGGGGGUGGUUUGGGGAAAUUCAUGGAACAGCAUUCUAACGAUACCUGUCGGUGUCAGUGUAACAUAAUAAAGGUUGAAAUGUC